CGAGGCAGGUGUUAUCCGAAUAAAUACCUUCGCUCAGCUGCAUCCUUCGCACGGUCGAGAAAUACCUUUCGGUGAAGCUGGUGCCUUUUGUUAUUUAGUUCUACCACUGGCAUCAACAUUUGUCGGCAGAUAUCCAUCCAUCGCAUUAAUAGCACCACAUGGUCGUCGUGCGGAAAUGGGGCGAAGACCAUAUCAACAAGUCCCUUAAACAAAUCGAUUCAAAUACUUGGCUUAUUGGUGGCCUUGUGCUCCAUCGUUCACCCUAUCUAUCCGAUGAGGCAACCUGGAAUGACGACGGUGACAGUUCAAGCUACAAAUUGACGGAAGCUCCUGUUCCGCUUCCCUCUACAACAUCUCUUGACAGCCCGUACAUUGAGCUGAUCCAUGAAGCUGGCGAUGCCUCUGCAGUUUGGUCUAUAGGAAAUAGAGCCUUUUGCAAAAAUCAACGGCCGAGCUUUAAGACGCCCAAGGUACUACACCAUGCCUUCGGCAAUGACCGAUCCUACCUCUUUCUUCAGAGACUUCCGGGUUGUACCCUAGACGCUGCAUGGCCAAGUCUGGAUCAAAAGUGGCGACUUCACUACGUCAGUGCUGUAGUAAACAUCUGCAAAGAAAUGGCAGGGUGGAAAGGGCAUAGACUUUGCGGCGCGGACAAUGAGAACAUACCCGAAUACUUCCUCGUCACACCCCGAGGGAGCGACGACUUCAGCCCGCUCCAAGCGGGAUGCAAGGCAAUAGGAAUGGACUGCUCUAUCUUCGUCUUUUUUCAUGCUGACCUUGGACCUACGAACAUCAUUGUGGAACAUGAGCCGCGCUCAGGACAGGUUGGGAUCAUUGACUUCGAAAUUGCUGGUUACUUUCCUCGAGGCUGGAUCAGGACCAAGUUUCGAAUCUCCAGCGGGAUGGACUUGUCCGCUUCAGCAACCGACUAUCCAACUUGGUGGAGAGCUAGUGUCCAAAAGGCGCUUGGAGCUCAUGGGUUUGAGAAUCACACACAGGUUUGGAUGGAGUGGCGGGGGUACAAAGUACCGCAAUCGUGAUUUGUGUAUCACAUCCCUUUAUUGAAGGUUUAGAUUAGACUAUU